AUGAUGCCAGUCCGAAUCUGGUUGAUUACGGUCAUGACGACCGAGUUCACGGAAGCAAAGGGCAACUUGACCAGUAGUAUUGGGGCAAAUAUUCUUAUCGCACUUGUAGCGAGCAUUACGAACAAUGUUCCAAUCCGAAGCUGGAUGUCACAAUCUCUCGUUCCUACUCCACAGGAUGAAGACGACCCUUCCGAUUUGCCCGAUACCAACGAAGUGCCUGAGAUCAAAGAGAACGAAUUAGCACAGAUCGGAUAA